AAGACAAUGACAACCAAGGAGUGUCUCCAUCGUUUUUGUUCGGAUUGUAUUAUUACAGCUUUACGUUCAGGAAAUAAAGAAUGCCCAACUUGCCGAAAGAAGCUUGUCUCAAAGCGCUCACUUCGGCCUGACCCCAAUUUCGAUCUCCUAAUAUCGAAAAUAUAUCCCAGUCGUGAAGAAUACGAAGCUAUACAAGAAAAGGUUAUGGCCAAAUUUAAUCAAACCCAAUCGCAGCAAGCAUUGGUUAACUCCAUUAAUGAGGGCAUUAAAUUACAAUCUCAAAAUAGGCCGCAACGUUUCCGUGCCAAAGGUUGUGGUGGACGCAAUGGCGGCAAUAAUGGAAACCAUAAUUCAGCUAAUGCGAAUAACUCUAAUAAUGAGAGCGCCACAAAUGGCAAUGACAGCGAUAAUCGCGAAAGUGCAAAUGGAAAUGCACCUCAACCUUCUGCAGCCGCACCACCUUCAACACAUUCCAGCACCUCGGCGGCGGCAGCAUCGACGUCUGUUAGUACUGCCAGCACUAGCCGAAUGCAACCAGAUGAUGGCGCCUCAAAUCCACCAUCCAUGCGCAGUACUCCAUCGCCAGUACCAUCGAAUUCGAGCAGCUCGAAACCAAAGCGCGCUAUGUCGGUGCUGACAUCGGAACGUUCUGAGGAGUCGGAAUCCGACUCACAGAUGGAUUGUCGCACCGAAGGCGAUUCUAAUAUCGAUACCGAAGGUGAAGGUACGGGUGAACUUGGGAUAAAUGAUGAAAUAGAGUUGGUUUUUAAACCACAUCCAACUGAAAUGGCAGGUGAUAACCAAUUGAUGAAGGCUUUGAAAGAAAAUUGCAUUCGCUAUAUAAAGACGACUGCAAAUGCCACAGUUGACCACUUGAGCAAAUACUUAGCUAUGCGGUUAACAUUGGAUUUAGGAUCAGAACUUCCAGAAGCAUAUCGAAUGCUAAAUUUUUGCAUAUACAUUGCGCCACAACCUCAGCA